AUGGUGAAACCCAACUUCUUCAAGCGACUGUUGGGCAAAAGAGAACGAGACGAUUCAGAUGAUUCUGAAGAAGUGGGUUUUAGUUUUUUGAACUGAACUUGGGUGCAGGGUAGAAGUGACCGUAUAGUGUUCAAAUAAUUCUGAGUCUUACCUCAAAGGAAAUUUUUUGGGGUCAGGGGCACAGAAUUAUUUGAACAACCUAAUAAUAAUAUGUGAAAGUUAAAUAGCGAAAAUUUUCCUUGCAAAACGAAAAAUGACAAAAACUUUGCUUACAGUAUAAAAAUGGCAAUAACGUUCUUUACAGUACAAAAAAUGGCAACAACUUUCUUUACAAGACAAAAAGAUAAGAAUUAUAUGAACUUUUGAACUACCUAAUAUUUUUUCAUUUUUCUAAAAUGACAAUUUUAAAGCAAUGGUACUGAUUUUGUUUUAUAGCAUUAUCUCAAAGCCCUUUCAAUAACUGUCACUUUCAGGAGCUUCAACUUCAUCACCAAAGACAAUAUUCACAACGUUCCGCUCACAACUUCUCCACUCAAGAACUGAACAAGGACUACCCACGCGAACUCAAUCCCUAUCACACGAAUCGAGUAGUGCCAUACAGAAAAGGCACUCGUAGUUGUGUGUCUGGCCGCGGCUUCGACGAUCCGGCUUCGGAAUCAGACGAAGAUGUACGAUCCGGUCAUACUGAAGUCAAGAGCCAUAGAGGUGGAUCAAAAAGGAAAAGUAAGAAGCGAAUGUUGGAGUUGGAAGAGGGAACAAGCCGACAAUACCUGCGAGAGGUCGACAACAACUAUCCACCACAUCGACGCGAUUUUCUGGAGCAGGAAGUGGCCUGGGCUCAUAAUAGGAUUGAGGUUAGUGAAGUUUUGUUGUGAAUUUUAUGUUUUUAGGUAAAAACAAGUUUUGAAACGUAAAAUAAUGUCUUUAUUCUUAAUGUACUUCUUUAUAAUUGGUCUAACUUUGAAGAAAAUUGAUGCAUAAGGUUGUCACAAAAGUUUUGUCGUUUUAUACGCAUAAAGCUGUUUUAUUUUAAGACACGACUUUUGUGAGGCGCUAGUGAGUAAAGUUUGCCAUUUUUCGCCUUGUAAAGAAAGUUUUUGUCAUUAUUUGUUUUGUAUACAAAGGUUUUGUCAUUUUUCGUAAUUUUGCGUAUUUUAGCAACUCGAAAAGAAGGUGGAAUCAAGUUCGGAGAAGUUAUUCAAAAUGACAAACAAAUGGAUGAGCGAGAACACCCGCUACAACGAGCUGGGCGACAAAUACUAUCGGUUGAAGGAGAAGUACGCUUUGUUGAAACAAAGGCACGAAGAUCUGGUAUUUUUUUUAAAAUUUUUGACUUUUUUUGAUUUGAAAUUUUACUUUCUUUGAAAAAACUGCCACUUUUUGUUUUGUAAAGAAAGUUCUUGCUGUUUGUGCUUUUUAAAGAAAGUUCUUGCCACUUGUUGCUUUGUAUAUAAAGUUUUUUUCCAUUUUUUUGUUUUGUAAAGAAAGUUCUUGCUGUUUUUUCAAUUUUUUAAAAAAUUUUUGUAUUUUUUGACUAUUUUCGAUUUGAACUUAAUUUUUAAAAAAUUUUGAAUUUCAGGAAAAACGCUUUACCCACCAAACGAUUCAAAUAGAACACCUCCUUAAGCCCGGGCCAGGACCAUUCGGCACUCCAAACAACGGCUUGUUGAACCCACUGAAUCUUCAGAAUUCGCCAUUCUUCAACCAUAUGAAUGCCCCCAAAUCGCCCUUUUUGAAUCAAAUGAACCUUCAGAAGUCUCCAUUCUUUAAUCAAAUGAAUCAACAGAAGUCUCCUUUCUUCAACCAAUUGAAUCCACAAAACCAUGUUAAUAUUCAGAAGUCUCCAUUCUUCAAUCCAACUAAUGUUACCACUUCGGCCGCGCCACAAAUGUCAGCACAACCCUUAAUGAACACGAUUGAUUUGGAAAAUGAACAUGAUGAGAUCAAGAACUUCAGAAGCUACUCGUUUGAAGAUCAGAGCAUUAUGAGUGAGCCAAGCACCUCGAGGCUGUCCGAUCGAGAAGUGGCACGACGUAAUGACGAUAGUAUUCUGAAGUUGGAGAGAGAUUCAGAAGUUGUGGAGAUUCCGGCCGAAGACGAGUUGGAUUUAUCGCCACAGUUCAUGAAAAAGAAUGUCAAAACCAGUGCGUCGAUGAAUGAUAUUGAUCAGGUUUUGAGGGAUUCGAAGAGAGUUGAUGGGCAAGGCUUGAGAAGCUCAAUGAAGGUGAAUGAUCAAGGUUUGAGGUAUUCAAUGAAAGUCAAGAGCCAAGGUGAAGAAAAAGAAUCGGCCAGAAGCGUUAGAGCCAUUAAGAAGAGGAAUUCGGCGAGAGGUGGUAUGGACAAACAAACGCAUAGACAAUAUGAACAACAGUCCAACGAUGAUGGCUACAGCACCGAAUCGACUCAACAAUCUUCAGCCGCUUCCGUAAUCGACCAAAAAUUGGGAAACUUGUCCAACAGGGUUCGACAGAGCGAGAGAUUGAUCUAA